AUGUUGCCAACAUUAACGAAUAGACGACUUGCUUUUAUUAUUAGUUGUAGUAGUAGUAGACAACGGUUAAUAAUUGCUAGACAUGUGCCUAUUGUAAAUAUACCCUUCAAAGAGAAAAAGUUCCGUGACAACACUACAGCAUGUUUGUCGUCAAGUGUGCCAUUUGCUCAAUUAGACACAUCAGAUACAUUACCUGCUAUUCUUGCUGUCAAUGAAUCUAUAUUAACAUAUAUACACAACACUGGUUUUCCCUGGUGGACAACGAUUAUAGCCAGCACAUUAUUAUUGCGAUCCACGUUGACACUUCCUAUAGCCGUAUACCAACAACGCAGUGUCGGAAAGAUGAUUGAGCUUGCACCCAUGAUCCAAAGCUGGGCCGAGACAUUAAAGGUACAAGUAGGCAAAGACUCGAGAGACAGGGGACGGCCCUACAAGAUGUAUCAACAUGAACUACAAAAGCAAUAUCGAAAGAAAGUGAAUGCUAUUUACGCUCAGUACGGAUGUUCACGCUGGAAAGUGCUAUUGUUGCCUUAUGUGCAGAUUCCUCUUUUUGUUUCCAUGUCGCUUACCCUUAGGCAUUUAACAGCGUAUCCAUUACCCUGGUUUGGAAGGACAGCCGAAUUACCAGCUGAUGGUCUCACUGACGGUGGAUUAGGCUUCUUUACUGAUUUGACAGCUACAGAUUCAACUUUUAUAUUACCCAUCUUGAUUGGUGCAGGAAACUUGGUCAAUGUGGAGCUCAAUGCGUGGUAUGCGAGAGGCAUGCAGACACCGCGACAAAAGUGGAUGACAAACAUAUUCCGAGCUUUAUCUGUUGCCAUGGUACCUAUUGCAACUUAUGCUCCUACUGCCAUAAGUCUAUACUGGGUUACUUCUGCUUGGUACAGCGUGGGUCAGAACGUGAGCUUUAGAGUGCCUGCUGUCAGAUCGACUCUUGGUAUGCCUGCUUUACCUUCCAAAAAAAUAAAAAGUCACGUUUAA